AAAGAAAAUAUGCCAUCAAGUCUACUCUUCAGCCAUUGUAUUUCAACGGUGUGCUUGUAACACAGUCAUUUCGUGGAUUUCAAUAUACGCAGAUUUUAGCCAUCCAGUUGAAUUAAACAAAACCUAGUCUGCACACGGAUUUUAAAGAAGAUAAUUCCUAAAAUAAUUGUUUUUUUAGGGCUCACGCGAUAUUAAAUUUGCAGCAGGCUACGUGCGCGACGUGCACAGCAUUCCAGACGUCGGAAUCCAGCGUUCUCUCUGGCUAAUUAUAAAGCUAGCUACUUUGUUUAUUUUCCACAAAACUUUUGUUAUUAAACCAAUAGUCUUUUCUCUACGGAUCCGGUUUCUAUUUAGAUGGCAAGCUUCCCUAAUUCUGUAAACGAAAAUGAAAUAGGUAAGGCUAAGUUCAUUGGUGAACUCUUAGUGCCUGUUGCUCCCUUUGACCAGAAGUCUGGGCGAGAGACCUGGACUGUAGCCUUUGCACCUGAUGGUUCCUACUUCGCUUGGUCUCAAGGGCAUCGCAUUGUGACGCUCGUUCCCUGGUCAAAAUGCCUGAAGAAUUUUGUUGGGGAAGGCUCCACCGGAGUGGGCCCUCAGCGUUUGUCGCGGCAGAACAGCGAGGGGGGAACAGUGGUGCCAGUGGGCGAUCCCAGGGAGCAUACCAUCGACUGCGGUGACAUCGUGUGGGGCCUGGCCUUUGGCUCGUCUGUGCCAGAGAAGCAGAGUCGCUGCGUCAACAUCGAGUGGCACCGUUUCAAGUUCGGUCAGGACCAGCUGCUGCUUGCCACGGGCCUCAACAAUGGACGUGUCAAGAUCUGGGACGUCUAUACUGGAAAGCUGUUGCUGAAUCUCAUGGACCAUACAGAUAUAGUGCGAGACCUGACUUUCGCCCCUGAUGGCAGCCUCAUGCUAGUCUCGGCAUCCAGAGACAAAACCCUGAGGGUCUGGGACCUGAAAGAUGACGGCAACAUGGUGAAAGUGUUGCGGGGUCAUCAGAACUGGGUCUAUUGCUGCGCAUUCUCACCAGACUCCUCAGUCCUCUGCUCUGUCGGAGCCAGUAAAUCGGUGUUCCUUUGGGAUAUGGAUAAAUAUUCCCUGAUCCGGAAGCUGGAGGGUCACCAUAAUGACGUGGUGUCCUGUGAGUUCUCUCCUGAUGGCGCCUUGCUCGCCACCGCUUCCUACGACACCCGCGUCAUCAUCUGGGACCCCCAUGUGGGCACUGUGCUGCUGGAGCUAGCGCACCUCUUCCCUCCCCCCUCGCCCAUCUUUGCAGGAGGGGCCAACGAUCGCUGGGUACGUUCCGUAGCAUUCUGUCACGAUGGGCGUCACAUCGCCAGCAUCACUGACGACAGAAUGGUGCGUUUCUGGACCAUUGAUGAGAAGUCUCCCAAGGCCAUCGCUCCCCUCAUUAAUGGCCUCUGUUGUGCCUUCUCCAUUGAUGGGAGUGUCUUAGCAGCUGGAUCUCGAGACGGCAGCGUGCAUUUCUGGGCGUGCCCAAAGGGCAUUGCCAGCCUGCAGCACCUGUGUCGCAUGGCACUACGACGGGUCAUGUCCACCCAGCAGGUGCAGACGCUGCCCAUCCCGCCCCGCAUACGCUCCUACCUGUCUUACCAAGAUCUCUAGCCCUUCACCCUCACCGCUCAACACCGCACGCUGGAAACCAAUGAAUAUUACCUUCCUAGAAAAAACACCCAGGAUAAAGAAGACAACAAAAGAGGAAAACUUGAUUUACAGACUAACACCCCCAUACUCUUCUGUGGCAAGGCAGCUUCUUUUUCUAUGUAUUUAUUUUUGUUGGUUUACUUUUGUUUGUGCAAGCCACGGUGUCCCUCAGGGAGUGUGCUUGAAUGGUUAAGUUAUUUCAGUGGCCUGUCUCUGCUUAAGAUGGCCUUACCAUAUCAGUCACCUCUGGAUAGUUCUGCAUUCUUCCUGCAAUAGAGACUUGUUCUCUGUAGAUAAUUGGCCGCUUUUAGAUUUUCGAUGCUCCCUAACUGUCUAGCUUAGAUUUCGAAUGCUUGUUAGAAAGCUGGACAAAUCGAGGAGACUAUAAAAGUAGAGGUCCAUUAUCCUUUCUACAGUUUCCAUUUGGUUUUGGUCAUUUCAAUAUCAAUUGAGAUCGUUUUCCCUUUCCCUAAAUACCUUUUUUUAUUUAUUUAUUUAAAAAAUAGUCAAACCAUCUGUGGGUCGGCUUGAAUGCGCUCGCGGGCUGGAUCCGGUGUUUAACAUCACUGGGGUAAGUGAAUGACUGCUGAUAAGAUUUAGUGUAGUGCCCUUCCAAUGUUUUCUGCUACCCUAGAUCUCCCCAGGUCUUAACCCUCACUCACUCGCUGCCCCAGCUCCUCAAUGGGCUUUUCUUUCCACACUUCCAUCCUCACUCAUGUCCAGGAGGGAAAUGAGGGCCUGUAGCCUUCACUGUCUCACAUCUCACUCCAAAAUAAUAGCGACCCAUGGCCUGACCUGUUUUGCUUCUCAUAAUAUGUAUAUUUUUUACCUGUAAAAAAAACGAAAUCUGUAUAGACAAUUGUGUGCAAGUAUGUGUGUGUAUAUACACAAUAUAUUAUAAAUACCUAUUAUUAUACCAGUAUAUGAAUGUAUCAGAGGGCGUAGUAUGUUUUUUACUUCUGUUUUCUUUUUGAAUAAUAGACUGUUGAAAACAGGUUUUUCCCUCUGUACAUAGUUUUCGCUCGUUUUAAUGUGAAGACCUGUAAAUGAAUGAAUGAGACGAUCUCUUAUUGUAGAGAUCAGGGUGUAGUCUGUGCUCCUUCAGAAUCGGUGAGACUGUGAAAGUGUGGAUUAUAGUGUGCCCUAGGACUUAUUCAAAAACACAGAAAAAGCCUAAAAGGCGGUUGCCAUCCGUAUUAAUGACGGUCUGAAACCCAUUUUCUAUCCUGUGCUAUGCUGCGCAACUCUAAAGUGGUGUUCUAAGUGUAAGAAAUAACCUAUAGGGGAGAGCUAUACAACAUCUUCUGAAAAUACAGUUGCCAUCUGUAGCAUGGGCUCUUUAUUGAUUGUGUCAUACAUGACUGGCAGGCCUUUGAAGGCAGACAUUUGAUAGUAAAUAUUUAAUUGGGGGAAAAAUGAAUUAUUUUCAGACAGAAUGUUGAGAAGAGCCUAAUGGAAUAGUAUUAAUGGUCUACUUUUUGUAUUUUGUCUUAUGUUGACCUAGGUAGUGGAUACAGGCCUGCUGUUAAUCAAUCUUGGAAAUACGUUUUCUGUCUGUAAAUGCUGAUGCCAAAGGUCUCUCUUUCUCUCUCGGUUUAUAGCCUGUGCUCUUGUCAGUCAGUGACUUUUCUCUCUCAUGGCUAAAACUUCUAACUAUUGUGCAUCUGUGAAUUUGAUUUGAUUUAUCCUGUCAGUAAAGCCAUAAGGCUGUUGUCUUCAGUAACCGGUUGGGUUGGUGUGUUGAGUAAAGCCUUUGCUGAUUAGAUCUAGAGCCAGUGAAUGAAUCCAAGCGCUGGGUUCUCACCAGUGUUGGGGAGUAGUAAACUACAUGUAGUUCAACUAGUAAUUUAACUACAUUUUGCAUAAGCUUGGUGGUUACUUAAUUCAAUCUCGGUUGUUUUUUUAAAUGUAGUUAAUACAUGUUUUUGCCAUGUAGUGGUGUAGCUAACUAAAACUAUGGGUGAAGUAGGCAAUCAUUUCCUAAAUGUUUGGGCAUCAAACCUGCCAAAUUCUCAAUUGGAACAUUAGAUUUGGUGUUUAAUAGGCUAAAUUACACAUUUUGUUUAACAGACUGUAUGACCCCAAAGUGAUCUUUGCUUGCAAUUUAUAGUCUGACAUUUCAGAUUUACAUAUACUUUUUCACAAAGUAGUUUGGAUGUAGUGAACUACUUUUUCAAAGUAACUUUAGUUCAGGAAACUAUAUUUUUCAAAGGGUUAGCUUAACUUCUUUCCGUGUGAAGUAAGUUUACCAAGCUACCAAUAUCAUUACAGAAUAGCUUCCCCAAGUGUAAGUAAAAUGUUGAAUAUAUCAAAUUUAAAUUAAAUAUUUUUCUUUCUUUCUGGUCUGCUUCAUGCAUGUACUGUUUUUUUGCAUUUAUAGUUUGAAUAAAGCCUUUUUUUGAAAACCAAAAA